AUGCGCCUCUGCCUGCUCUUGCUGCUGGCGCUGUGCGGUGCGGACCCCACGGCCGCGGCGCGCAGCCACAGCUUGCGGGGAAGUUGGAGCAUUCGCAACGCAAACGGCUCACUGGAGCUGCCGGGGGAGGUCCCCGGCUGCGUGCACAUGGCCUUGUUCCAGCGGAACCUCAUCCAGGAUCCUUACUACAGAUUCAAUGACCUUAACUACAGAUGGAUCUCUUUGGAUAACUGGACCUACAGCAAGGAAUUUCAAAUCCCCUUUGAUAUUAGCAAGUGGCAAAAGGUACAUUUGAUUUUUGAGAGCAUCGAUACAGUUUCAGAGGUCCUGCUCAAUAAUGUUCUUAUUGGGAAAACAAACAACAUGUUCAGAAGAUAUACCUUUGAUAUUACCCAUGUGGUCAAAGCCCUAAACUCCAUCGAGGUGCGUUUCCAGUCACCCGUGUCGUACGCGGCCCAGCAGAGCAGAGCUCACACCCUCUACCAGGUGCCCCCAAACUGCCCUCCGAGUGUACAGGAGGGAGAAUGCCAUGUCAACUUUAUUCGAAAGGAGCAGUGUUCCUUUAGUUGGGACUGGGGGCCUGCCUUUCCGACCCUGGGCAUCUGGGAAGAUGUCAGAAUUGAAGCCUAUAAUAGUUGUCAUCUGAACUACUUCACCUUUUCCCCCAUUUACGACAACUCUACCCAGGAUUGGAAUCUUGAAAUAGAGUCUUCUUUUGAUGUUGUCAGCUCAAAGCCAGUCUCUGGUCAAGUGAUCGUAGAAAUCCCUAAAUUGCAAACACAGCAGUCAUACAGCGUUGAACUUCAGCCUGGGGAAAGGAUUGUUAAGCUCUUUGUGAAAAUGAACAAGACUGUUACUAUAGAAACUUGGUGGCCUCAUGGACAUGGAAACCAGACUGGGUACAACAUGACAGUUCUUUUUAAACUGAAUAAAGACUUAGAAAUUAAAAAAUCAGCUAAGAUUUAUUUUAGGACAGUGGAACUGAUACAAGAGCCUAUAAAAGGGUCUCCUGGUCUGAGUUUCUACUUCAAAAUUAAUGGAGUUCCCAUAUUUCUGAAAGGAUCAAACUGGAUCCCAGCAGAUUCGUUCCAGGAUCGAGUAACCUCUGACUUGUUAUCACUCCUUUCGCAUUCUGUUGUGGAUGCCAACAUGAACACUCUUCGGGUGUGGGGAGGAGGUAUUUAUGAGCGUGAUGAGUUCUAUGAACUCUGUGAUGAACUGGGAAUAAUGGUAUGGCAGGAUUUUAUGUUUGCUUGUGCCCUCUAUCCAACUAAUCGGGGCUUCAUGAGUUCAGUGAGAACAGAAGUUGCUUACCAGAUCAGGAGACUGAAAUCUCAUCCCUCCAUCAUCAUAUGGAGUGGGAAUAACGAAAAUGAAGCGGCGCUGAUGAUGAAUUGGUAUAACGUAGACAUCGAAUACAUGAGUACCUACGUCACAGAUUAUGUGAAACUGUAUGUGAAAAACAUCCGAGAGAUCGUCUUGGCAGAAGACAAGACUCGUCCUUUUAUCACAUCCAGUCCUACGAAUGGGGCUGAAUCCGUUGCAGAAGGCUGGCUCGCUAAAAACCCAUAUGACAAGCAUUAUGGCGAUGUACAUUUUUAUGACUAUUUCAGUGAUUGCUGGGAUUGGAGCAUUUUCCCAAAAGCUCGAUUUGUAUCUGAAUAUGGAUAUCAGUCCUGGCCUUCCUUCAGUACAUUGGAAAAGGUUUCAUCUAAAGAGGACUGGUCUUACAAUAGUAGAUUUGCAGUUCACCGACAGCAUCAUGUCAGCGGUAACGAUGAAAUGCUUUCUCAGGCUCAACUUCAUUUCAAACUCCCGCAACACACAGAUCCAUUACGCCUCUUCAAAGAUACCAUUUACCUUACUCAGGUGAUGCAGGCCCAGUGUGUCAAAACAGAAACGGAAUUCUACCGCCGCAGUCGCAGCGAGAUAGUGCUCGGGGAGGGGCACACCAUGGGAGCCCUGUAUUGGCAGCUGAAUGACAUCUGGCAGGCUCCUUCCUGGGCCUCUCUGGAAUACGGAGGAAAGUGGAAAAUGCUCCAUUACUUUGCUCGGCAUUUCUUCGCUCCGCUGUUGCCCGUGGGUUUUGAGAAUGAAGGCGUGUUUUUUGUCUACGGGGUGUCAGACCUUCACUCGGACUGUAACGUGACGCUCACUGUGAACGUCCACUCGUGGAGUUCCCUGGAGCCGGUGUGCCGUCACAGGACCCAGCAUUUCGUGAUGACAGCAGGGGAGGCCGUUCUCCUCUAUCAGAAGCCGGUGUCUGAACUGCUGCAGAGAUGUGGGCACUGCACCCCGCAAAGCUGUGUGGUUUCCUUUUACCUGUCAACCGACGACAAACUCUCGAGCUCAACCAACUAUCACUUCCUGUCCUCACUGAAGGAGGCCGUGGGGCUCCAGAAGGCACAUAUCACUGCCACCAUCUCUCAGCAAAAUGACACAUUCGUUUUUGAUCUGAAAACCUCAGCCGUCGCUCCCUUUGUUUGGUUGGAUGUAGGGAGCAUCCCAGGGAGAUUCAGUGACAAUGGUUUCCUCAUGACUGAGAAGACUCGGACUCUACUGUUUUACCCCUGGGGGCCCACCAGCAAGAGUGAAUUGGAGACAUCUUUUCAAGUGACUUCUUUGACUGAUAUUUACUGAGGGAAUCCGGUGUACUGUCAGUGGCACCAGAAGGAAGUGGUUCGGAGGCACUGGCUGGAGCUGCCGGCAACCAGAGACAAGGGAAGAAG